AUCAGUUCUCCAGCAAUAGAUACGUUCGAAAGUCUGAAACUCCGAAGUCCAGAGAGUUUGAAAGAUAUGAAACUACAGAGAAAUUACGCUACCAUAAGCAGACUUUAUCUGUUUUCUCGUAUCUAUAUAAAAACAGACCCACGAAGUCCACUCAGAUUAGAUUAUUCUGGGAAUCUUAAUAGCAUAAAAUCUAAACGCUAACUCUUUCUGCCUAUUUAUACAAACCCCACACACCCAACAGAAACAAAAUAUAGAAAAUCACACAUUUUGCAGUUUUUGUUUUGCAGAGAAAAAAAAAAUGGAGAAAAGUUUAUUGCUUUUGGUGUUAUUGAGCUUCUUGGGUUUGGCUUUGGCUCACACUAAUGGUUUUGGAGAGCAGCCAUUGUCAAAGAUUGCUAUUCACAGAACCACUCUUGCUCUCAACAACAAUGCCUCCGUUAUUGUCAGCCCUUCUCUUGUUGGCUUAAAGGGUGAGGAUACUGAAUGGGUAACUGUGGACCUCGUAAGCCCCAAUCCGUCCUCGGAUGAUUGGAUUGGAGUUUUUUCUCCUGCAAAAUUCAACUCAUCAACCUGUCCACCUGAAAAUGACCCAAAAAAACAGACUCCUUAUAUAUGUUCAUCCCCGAUAAAGUAUAUGUUUGCAAACCACGAAUCCAAUUCACAAUAUGCAAGUACCGGCAAAGCUUCUUUGAGGUUCCAGUUGAUCAAUCAGCGUGCAGAUUUCUCCUUUGCUUUAUUUUCAGGCGGUUUGGCAAAUCCAAAACUGGUGGCAGUUUCAAAUUUCAUAUCAUUUGACAAUCCUAAAGCACCACUAUAUCCACGCCUUGCUCAGGGAAAGUCUUGGAAUGAGAUGACAGUUACCUGGACAAGUGGCUAUGACAUAAAUGAAGCAGUUCCAAUUGUUGAGUGGGGUCAGCAAGGAGAAACUCAGAGUCGAUCCCCAGCUGCUACAUUGACAUUUGAUCGAACCAGCUUGUGUGGUUCACCUGCACGGACGGUUGGCUGGCGUGAUCCUGGUUUCAUACACACAGGUUUCUUAAAGAACUUGUGGCCAAACUCUGUGUACACUUACAGGGUUGGCCAUCUCUUAUCUAAAGGUUCAUAUAUCUGGGGCAAAAACUAUUCUUUCAAAUCAUCCCCCUAUCCUGGACAAAACUCAUUGCAGCGUGUCGUAAUAUUUGGUGACAUGGGGAAGGCAGAGCGUGAUGGCUCAAAUGAGUAUAGUAAUUAUCAACCUGGAUCAUUAAACACAACUGACCAACUUGUCAAUGACUUAAAUGACAUUGACAUAGUGUUCCAUAUUGGAGACAUAGCUUAUGCGAAUGGAUACAUCUCCCAAUGGGACCAAUUCACUUCACAGGUGGAGCCCAUUGCAUCAAAAGUUCCAUAUAUGAUUGCAAGUGGUAAUCAUGAGCGCGAUUGGCCAAAUACUGGAUCAUUCUAUGACAAGACAGAUUCAGGUGGGGAAUGCGGUGUGCUAGCUGAGACCAUGUUCUAUGUUCCUGCAGAGAACAGAGCUAAGUUUUGGUACUCCACAAACUAUGGCAUGUUUCACUUCUGUAUCGCCGACACUGAGCAUGAUUGGAGGGAGGGAACAGAACAGUACAAAUUCAUUGAACAUUGCCUUGCUUCGGUGGAUAGACAGAAACAACCAUGGUUAAUCUUUGCUGCUCAUCGUGUCCUUGGGUAUUCCUCUGACUAUUAUUAUGGCCUGGAGGGUGCAUUUGAAGAGCCCAUGGGAAGGGAAAGCUUGCAAAAGCUUUGGCAGAAGUACAAGGUGGACCUUGCUUUUUAUGGCCAUGUCCAUAACUAUGAAAGGUCAUGCCCUAUUUACCAGAAUCAAUGCGUGAAGUCAGAAAGGUCUCAUUACUCGGGUCCUGUGGUUGGAACAAUCCAUGUUGUUGUUGGAGGUGGAGGUAGCCACUUAUCAACGUUCAGUGGAGUGACACCCAGAUGGAGCCUUUACAGGGAUUACGAUUAUGGGUUUGUCAAACUGACAGCAUUCAAUCACUCCUCUCUCCUCUUUGAGUACAAGAAAAGCAGUGAUGGAAAGGUAUAUGAUUCCUUCACAAUAGCAAGGGAGUACAAAGAUGUCCUAGCUUGUGUGCAUGACAGUUGUGAACCAACCACUUUAGCAUCUUAAAAACUUAGAAUUCUUUUGAGGAUACACUUAGAUUUUUCAGCAUUGUAAACUAUUCUGAAAAGAAUAAGGUUGCAUUAUUUAGUUAUUUAUCCUCCAUCUAGUUGCAUUAUUUUUCUUGGUAAUAUAUCUUGUUUUGA